AUGUCUGAACAAAUGGAUCAGUCACAACCUGAAAAUCAUUCCCGUUUUCUGGAGUUUCGUUCUGUCCCAUAUGGUACCAAAAGGGAUGGAGAACUCGUGCUAAACAGAUAUUCGUCCCUCGUGACCAACGGCUACGAAUUCCCCGGUGCCCAGGCAAUGCUAUAUGCUGCAGGAAUCAAGAACCAGGAGGACAUGAGGACGAAACCGCAAGUUGGCGUCGCUUCAGUAUGGUGGGAAGGCAACCCGUGCAACAUGCACUUGCUCGACCUCGGCAAGACCGUAAAAGAAGGUCUCGAGAAGAACGGAAUGAUUGGCUGGCAAUUCAAUACCAUUGGAGUAUCGGACGCCAUAACCAUGAGCAACCAAGGCAUGAGGUUCUCCUUGCAAAGCAGAGACAUCAUCGCCGACUCUAUCGAGACGACAACUUGUGCUCAACAUCAUGAUGCAAACAUUUCGAUUCCUGGUUGUGACAAGAAUAUGCCUGGAUGCAUUAUGGCCAUGGCGCGCCACAACCGACCAUCACUCAUGAUCUAUGGCGGCUCUAUAAAGGGCGGCUAUUCCGAGCGCCUUCGCCAGCCCAUCAACAUUUCCUCUUGCUUCGAGGCACACGGUGCCAUGAUGUAUGGUAAGUUGACCACUGACGACCUUGACGAUGUGAUCAAGAACUCCUGUCCCGGCCCCGGUGGCUGUGGAGGAAUGUACACAGCAAACACCAUGGCCACUGCACUUGAGGCCAUGGGUCUGACACUCCCUGGAUCUUCCUCGACCCCGGCCGACUCCCCUGCAAAGUACAGAGAAUGUUUGAGGGCCGCUGAGGCUAUCAAAGUUCUUCUAGAGAAGGAUAUCAAACCCCGCGAUCUCAUUACUCGGGAGUCGUUUGAGAACGCUAUGGUUAUCACCAUGAUCAUGGGUGGUUCCACCAACGCUGUUCUCCACUUUCUCGCAAUUUCCCACACCGCUGAUCUCGACUUAACCAUCGACGACUUUCAAAGAGUCGCCGAUAAGAUUCCGGUUCUGGCAGAUUUGAAACCCUCCGGAAAAUACAUGAUGGCCGAUCUAGCCGAUAUCGGCGGCAUGCCCGCUGUCUUCAAGUUCCUAAUUCACGCUGGCCUCAUCAAUGGGGAUAUCCUAACAGUCACAGGAAAAACUUUGAAGGAAAACGUCGAGUCCGCACCAAGUUUGGACCCGGGGCAAGAUAUCAUUAGACCGCUCAGCAAUCCAAUCAAGGCCACCGGUCAUAUCCGAAUUCUCAAAGGAAACUUGGCCCCAGGUGGGGCGGUGGCUAAAAUUACUGGCAAGGAGGGCAAAUCAUUCAUUGGAAAGGCUAGAGUGUAUAACGGCGAGGAGGCUUUGAUUGCGAGUCUCGAAAAGGGAGAAAUCCAUCCUGAAGAGAAUACGGUUCUGUGUGUGAGGUAUGAAGGACCCAAGGGUGGUCCAGGCAUGCCUGAACAACUCAAAACAAGUGCUGUCCUUAUGGGGGCAAACCUACGCAACGUGGCGUUGAUCACUGAUGGACGAUACUCGGGGGCCUCUCACGGAUUUAUUGUCGGCCACAUAGUGCCGGAAGCGCAAGCAGGUGGCCCAAUAGCUAUCCUUCAAGACGGUGAUGUUGUCACUAUUGACUCCGAAACAAACCAGCUCAGCAUGAACGUGAGCGACAAAGAAAUAUCUGCAAGGCUUAAGAAAUGGAAGGCUCCCCGUAUGAAGGUCAAUCGAGGAACACUGGCGAAGUAUGCAUACCUCGUGGGCGAUGCGAGUCAUGGGGCCGUUCUGGAUAUGUUCUAG